ACUCGCUGUCAUUUCUUUUAAUAGUGUCACCAUCGGGCUCUUUCUUGAGUCAUUUGUGUCUUAAUUAUUUAAUUAAACAGUGUGCUUAAAGCAUCAGCCAAGCUCAGUGCCUAUGUAGGUGAUUGUAUUCAAACACAUAGGCUGUGUCUGAUAUGGAAAAAUACAUUUUAACAUUAGAACAGGAUGACUCUCGGUCGACAAUUUUUUUUUUUUUUGUCGGGGACAGCCCUGCAAUCAGUCUUACCCUUGCUCUACUUAAAGGGCUGUAUUGGAAUGGCUUCAUACAGUAUCUACGUGUAUAUCAUUGACUGUAUUGUAUUUUUAGACCAAGAGGACCAAGAGAAACAAAGUGGAGCAGAUCACUGAUACAGAUGCAGGUCAUAAAUGAAACUCUAAUUUCACUGAAUGUAAUCCUUUUGCAUGUAAAUGUAAUUUAGUAUGGACAUCUAUUGAGCAGAGGACUAAUAGCAGAGUGCACAUGUUAUCCUUUCUUGGGUACUUAACUUCACAAAGUACACAAAGUUGGCUAAUACAUACUUGCCUCAGAAGGUUACAUGUUUUCUGACUUCUUUACCUUGGUGAAUGCUGCUUUGCACACAGGUCCCUCUACAUCUGUGGAAUUUUCUGGGAUGGCAGUUCAGGGGACAUCUCACCAGGGACAAUCUAAUGAAAAGAUCCUCAGUGAGUGUGUCUCCAGGGCCUGUCAGACCAGGGCUCUUGACCUCCCGCCAAUCGAUCCGGAUGCUUUCAACCCGAUUAUCAUCCGGUUUCUGGAAAAACUUACUGAGGAGCAAUGGAGGCAGUUAAGCAUUGGCAGGAUGGACCCUGUGAUGAGGGCAUUGCUUGCAGAGAUGUGCCUGGAGAUUGUGCGGUUUGUAUUUGAGGCCAUCCUGGAGGUCAUCAUCCCUGCAAUUUUCCGUUUUGUACGGAUAUACAGCCAUGUGUCUCCAGUAUCCGGCAAGUGUCUGACAGAAUCAGAGAGAUCCUCUAGCACAAACCUGAAGGUUCGCAAGAGAGGCAGCAGCAAAUCCUCAAGGUCUUGCACGGCCAAAUCAAGCUCCUCACGUAAUGGGUCUCAGACAGUGUUGCCAAAUACUCAGGGAGAUGGUGAGUCUAUAUCAUCUGAGCCACUCAGGGACUUUUUUGGGAUUACUGAGGACAGUCUCCUCACUGGUGUCCAGGAUUCCUUCAAAGAGUCGCUGAACAAUGUCCUCUGUAUCCAAAGAGAGGACCAGGUAGACACUCAAAGUCUAUCCCGGGUUAUUGUUGGAGAAGUGUCAAAGAAGGUCAAUUCCAUAAUCUCUGUGGCCAUCCAAACUCCCAUCUCUGGCCGAAUGUCCCCUGUUAUUUUUGCCAGUGGUGGUGUCUCCAGAACCAAGGUUGUUGAGGAGAUGGUGUCUGGCGUUUCCAACAUACUUCAGAUGUAUAUUAAUGGGAAGAGUGUUGAGCAGAUUGUUGUUCUCAGAGAGGAUGGUGUUGAGGUGGAUAUGACACAUUUAACAGGACAGGUCAUGACAGCCCUCAGUGGCACUGUUUUGAACUUCAGCAAUAAGGAAGAAAAUGACCCCGACAAGAGGGAACUGCUUUGUGUUGUUGGUGACCAUAUGAAGAUGCUUGAAGCUUGUAAAAGUCCUGAGGAGAUGCUAAAACAAGGAGAGAGCAACCUCAAUAUCAAAGGUGCCAAAUCUAGUAUUCGUCUGUCAACACAAAGUAUGGAUAGACUACUCACUGAGGAGUUUCAGACAAAGGCCACUGAAUCGAUCCGGGAGAUUGUUAAAAUAUUCAGGGGUUGUACAUCAUGUUGUUCUGGCACUAUAUCAUCUAGUCCAACUCCUCGGAUAGGUGAGAUCAGAGACCUUAUGAUUGACCCUGAGGCCUCUGAGUUGGUAAGUACCUUUGUUUCAGACAUGGACAAUCUUACCCAGUCUAUCAGGGCAUCCUGCUCUCCUGCACAGAGUGAGCAGAUCCUUCUUGAAAACCAUCAGAUUAAGAUCUGGUCUUACACUGUUGGCUGUUACUACGACAUGAAAAAUACGCUGAAGAGGAUUCUUACCUGUCCAGAAAAAGGGUAUCUCGCAAGUACAUUUGUGGAGAGCACAAAAGAUUAUUUCACAAUGGUUCCAACUUUGUGCCUGGACGUCGGUCAUUCCAGUAAUGGUGAGGCUGACACAACGGACUCCAUUUCUUGUAAACCACUUUUAAUAACCCCCUCAUCUAUGAAUGAACAAAAAGGACAAAGUGAGACCCCACAAUCUCUCUUGGCUCUCAAAAAGUAUUUGCAAGACCAAGUCCUCCUUGACACCACAAAAGCGAUUGCCAGCCAGGUUCUUGUCUUGUAUAAGACUGAGGUGAUGGAGAAGUUCUCAUCUUCUGUUGGAGAGUGUGAUUCUGAAGAGUCUCUGGAGGCCAUUCUAUUUGUGGAUGGCAUCAUGUCUGACUUGAAUGAUUUCACCAGUUCGUGUUCCCCCUCACCAUCUGAGUUUGAGCAAGACCUGCCAGCAGAGCUCACUGGAGCAGGGAGACAUGCCGUCAUCCUUUUGGCGCCUGACGAAAUCAUCACAGCAGCUGAUGUUGCUGUACAGAGGGGGGAGAUCCUCCGAGCAUCAGGCCUCAUCCCUGAACAAAAGGAGUUGAUCCUCCUCAUGGCCAGUGUCACUGCACAGAGGAAGGGAAUCGUCCCAAUGUCCAGCGUCCCUGCACACAGGGAGGGGAUCCUCCUCACAGCCAGUGUCCCUGUGAAGAAUGGAAACAAUCAUCCACAACCACCUCCCAUCAUCCCCAUGGUGGCACCACUGUGGAAAUGGGAUGGUGGAGCGUGUACUCCACCUGUGGAUUUCUAUUCCAAGAGAAGAGAUGUCCGACUUAGAUAUGUUGAGCAUCCUGCUAUGAUGUCCAUUACCAAGCCGGAACACUCCGAGGCCAACCCUCAGUGCCAGACUGUGGCUGGGUCUUUGGGAGUGGAAGAGUUAAUAAGAAGGAGGUUCAUCUACCUGAGGACAAAGGCAGAUCUAUUGUCUGGGAUCCAACUCUGCACAGAUGGGUUAACAAAACUGAGCCCAAGGCUGAGAACAAGUGUGUACAACCACCUCCACGAAUGGGGACAUAUGGAUAUCAGGAGAACACUGGCAGUGUCCCCAAAGGAGUGAAUCCUUACUCUAUGAAAGCAAGUGAAUAUUGCUUUAGAAUACAUGUGGUUUAACCAAGACCGUGUCAGCCGAUCAUAGAUGUCCCUGGUGGUCUCCUGCUAACACCUUUCCCACUACCAGCAGGUCUAUGGGGCAGCAGAUACCCUACAAUGCAUUACAAUGAUGGGACCAACUCAAAGCCUCAAAGCCGUGGGCCUGGACUGCUUCCUAGACAGCUCUCUGGCUUGCUCCCUCCUUCACACUUUGACCUCAUGGCACCAAUGGUUGUACCACCUGACACUCUACCCUACUGAGGCCAUUUGCCCAGAUUGGAUUUGCAAUACAUAGAUUUUUUCAGCAUUAAAAAACUUUAGCAUUAAAAAUGUAUUAAAAGAUGAUCUUUCA